UAGGGCUUCCAUACCGCCAACAUGUCUGCCAGCGCAUACGACCGACACAUCACCAUCUUUGCCGACAAUGGUCGUCUGUACCAAGUCGAAUAUGCCUUCAAGGCAAUCACAGCCGCGAACAUCAUGUCUGUAGGCCUGCGAGGCAAGGACUGCGCCGUUGUGCUGUCACAGAAGAAGGUUCCCGAUAAGCUUAUCGACCCCUCAUCUGUCUCCCACAUCUUCCAGAUCUCGCCCUCCGUGGGAUGUGUCAUUACAGGCUCCAUUGCCGAUGCUAGAGCAUUCGCCCAGCGUGCUCAGGGAGAAGCUGCUGAGUUCCGAUACAAGUACGGUUACGAGAUGCCGGCUGAUGUCCUGGCCAAGCGACUGGCCAACAUCAGCCAAGUGUACACGCAGCGUGCCUACAUGCGGCCUUACGGCGUUGCUACUACAAUCAUCAGCCUAGACGAAGAGCGGGGACCCCAGCUGUACAAGUGCGACCCAGCCGGCUAUUUUAUCGGUUACAAGGGCACUGCCGCCGGACCCAAGCAGCAGGAGGCUAUGAACCACCUGGAGAAGAAGCUGAGGAACAAGGAGCAUGCCGAGGGGUCCUGGGAAGAGGUUGUCGAGCUGGCCAUUACAACGCUGAGCACAGUUCUCAGCAUGGAUUUCAAGAAGGGAGAGAUUGAGAUUGGCAUCGUUGGCGGACCUCGGGCGGAUGGCAAAGAGGGCACGGAGCCCGGCUUCAGAAAGCUCACCGAGGAUGAGAUUGAGGAGAGAUUACAAGCCAUUGCAGAGAAGGACUAGAGCAUUCCAUAGACGGGUUAAUGAAGCAACUUUAAAGGUGCCUGAAGCAACAUGGCGAGCCUGGUGAGGAAGCUUCUUUCCAAGUAAACAUAGUGCCUCGAGAUAUCAUUCAAGGCAGCAGGAAUACUAGCCGCCCAGCAUUGGGCAUGGGGCUCUCCGUAUUAUGAAAGAAAAGGGAUGGCCAACGAAGCAUGGCUGCAUCAGGAUGGAUGCCUGUAACGGUGAAGAUCCAGGCGACCGGAUAAAGGAGUCGAGACUACAUGUAGCCGUCGCUCAUGUGACCGGCACCUCUGGUCCCCAAGCUGACCCAAAGGCACCAGGUAGCCGGGCAACAUGAUGAUAGGCAUCAAUAUC